AUGCACCAUCUCUUGUUCAGUCUCCUCGGCCUGGUGGCCGGCACCGCUUAUGCGGCUCCAGUUCCAGAGGUCUCCAGCGUGAACACUGUCCGCAACGGCCCUCCACCGGGCUGUCUCACUGUUGGUGCCGCUGGGCAGCAUCAUACCGUGGGAGCUGCGCUGAGCGCCCUCGGAUCUUCAUCCUCACCUGCCUGUAUUUACAUCGCUCAGGGAACGUACAAAGAGCAAGUUGUCAUUGACUACAAGGGCGCCUUAACUCUGUAUGGUGAGACUUCAGACACCUCAACAUACAAGGGAAAUCGUGUCACAAUUACCCAUACUAUUUCAUCCGACGAUGCUGGUACCCUGGAUGAUAGCGCUACACUGCGAGUGAGAUCUAAUGACUUCAAAAUGUACAAUAUCAACGUGGUGAACGGCUAUGGACCAGGCAAACAGGCGCUUGCACUAUCUGCAGAUGCAAACCACCUGGGCUUUUAUGGCUGUCAAUUCCGUGGUUACCAAGAUACCGUCUUCACUAAGACGGGAACUCAAUUUUUCUCCAAGUGCUUGAUCCAGGGGUCGGUUGAUUACAUCUUCGGAGGUGGAUCGGCUUGGUUCAACCAAUGUGAUAUCCGCUCCACUGCCCCUGGUUAUAUCACUGCCAGCGGACGUGAGAAGGCCGACGAUUCUUGGCUCGCCUUUGAUCACUGUACCGUUGCCGGAGCUGGCGGCGUGGACCUGAGGGAGAAGGUUUUCCUGGGAAGGCCGUGGCGGCCUCUGGCACGGGUUAUCUAUCAAAAUUCGGAUAUGAGUGACGUUGUUGCGCCAAAGGGAUGGAGUCCCAUGGCCAAGGGCGCGACUCCACUGUUUUACGAAUUCAAAAACACCGGAGCGGGUUCGAACACAUCGAAGCGAGAGUUCUUGUCGCCCAUCGCUGCGGCCGUCACGCGAGAGAGUGUUUUGGGUAAUGACGCUGUUAAUUGGGUUGAUGCGCGAUUCUAG